UUGUAUGUGUAGGUCAGGUCAUUUGGGGUGAAAACCCUCCUCAACCCCCUCCCCCGCAUUCCUGGCGGGAGUGGGAGAUAAGGCUCAGGGCCACAGACAUCUGCGUCAGAGAUAGGAGGUCUCAAUGCCAUGGGCAGGGGCAAGCCAGACUGUGGGGCGUGGGAAGGCCUGGGGAAGACGGGUGAGAAGGGUAGAAGAGGGCGGGUGUGGGAUGGGGAGGGAAGAGUGGGGAGGUCCUGGGCAGACCCUCACCGAAGGGGCACAGGGCAGGGUGUGGCUUCCCCGCUGGCAGGGCCAGGUGAGCUAUGGUGCCCCAGCUGCCCCUGUUGCUGCUCUUGCUGCUGGCCCCACAGGGCAGGCCCGGCUGCCACGAGCCAGAGCUGGACCGGGAGCUAGUCCUGGCCAAGGUGAGGGCCCUGUUCCUGGAUGCCUUGGGGCCCCCGGCAGUGACCGGGGAAGGUGGGGAUCCUGGAGUCAGGCGUCUACCCCGAAGACAUGCCCUAGGGGGCUUCAUUCGAAGGGGCUCUGAGCCUAAGGAGGAGGAUGUUUCCCAGGCCAUCCUUUUCCCAGCCACAGGUGCCAGCUGUGAGGACGAGCCAGGUGCUGGAAAGCUUGCCCGGGAAGAUGAGGAGGGACUCUUCACAUAUGUGUUCCGGCCAUCCCAGCACACACGCAGCCGCCAGGUGACUUCGGCCCAGCUGUGGUUCCACACAGGGCUGGAUAGACAGAGCACAGCUGCAGCCUCCAAUAGCUCUGGGCCUCUGUUAGGCCUUCUGGCCCUGUCAUCUGGGGGGCCCAUAGCUGUGCCCACGUCCUUGGGCCAGGCCCCCGCUCGCUGGGCCGUGCUGCACUUGGCUGCCUCUGCCCUCCCUCUGCUCACCCACCCUAUGCUGGUGCUACUGCUGCGCUGUCCUCUCUGUUCCUGCUCAGCUCGGCCUGAGGCCACGCCCUUCCUGGUGGCCCAUACGAAGGCCAGACCACCCAGCGGAGGGGAGAGAGCCCGGCGCUCAACUCCCCCGAUGCCCUUGCCUUGGUCUCCUGCCGCUCUGCGCCUGCUGCAGAGGCCUCCGGAGGAACUGGCUGCCCACGCCAACUGCCACAGAGCGGCACUCAACAUUUCCUUCCAGGAGUUGGGCUGGGAUCGGUGGAUCGUGCACCCUCCCAGUUUCAUCUUCCACUACUGUCACGGUGGCUGUGGGCUGCCCACCCCACCAGACUUGCCCCUGCCCGUCUCUGGGGCUCCCCCUACCCCUGUCCAGCCCCUUUCCUUGGUGCCAGGGGCCCAGCCCUGCUGUGCUGCUCUCCCAGGGACCAUGAGGCCCCUCCGCGUCCGCACCACCUCAGAUGGAGGUUACUCUUUCAAGUAUGAGACAGUGCCCAACCUUCUCACGCAGCACUGUGCUUGUAUCUAGGGGGUCCUACUUCCUUAUCCCAUGGCUGGUGACUGAGCCUGCACCAUCAUCAGCUGGGAGGAAGAGCAGAGCUUGGAAAAUAGAUGGUUCCCACUCCCCCUCCUUCCACUUUUCUGCCUAAGGGCUCCCCUCCCCGUCUCACCCCUGUCCCAUGGGUAACAUGUGACAAUAAAGAACACAGUGCAUAUGACUUG